CAUCCCCGACCCCUUGUUGUGAGAAGUGGCGUUGUUGACUUUGUGUAAACUUUGAUAUUUUUAACUGGUGGCCUUAGAAUGGGCGCAAAUGGUACAUUAUUUUCGUGCUUACUUGACACGGAGGUUUAAACUGGUUGGGAUAAACCACACUGCAGUAUGGCGGUGGUGAAACGAACAAUAUCUACUUCGUUUUCAUCAAAUUUCUUGUGCCUAUUGUUUAAAGAGCAUGUUAUUAAUGUACAUGCUUCAGACAAUCUCAGGGCUUAUUUUUAAUCCUGAUGACUAUUGGUAUUUCCGGUUUCGUGUGUCGAGAAAACAUGCAAAGAUACCCAGGCGACUGAGAAGCACAGCUAUUGUAUUUGUGUUGGAAAACUUUCAUAAACACCACCACUUCGAAGUACGUAGUACCACUUUGAUUCCGAUAGUAAACUUCUACAAUUGCAAACCGACUUACAGGAAGUGCGUACACUUUUUUCUACAAGAGUUCCGGUAGUAACAAAACCUGGGGGGCUGAGACCGAGUUUAAAUCGAUCAAUAUUCAAAAUGAAUGGGUUCGCUGGCAAGAUUUCCAAAACUUACAAUAAUAGCGUUCAUUGAUAUUUUGCAAUGAAGAAAGACGUUCGUAUUCUACUUGUGGGUGAAGAGCAAGUUGGAAAAACGUCACUAAUUUUGGCCCUUGUUAGUGAAGAGUUUCCCGAGAAUGUCCCGUCUAGAGCUGAAGAAAUCACCAUUCCAGCAGAUGUCACACCAGAACAAAUACCAACCCACAUUGUUGACUAUUCAAGCUUUGAGCAAACACCAGAUGUUCUAGAUGAAGAAAUCUUUAAGGCUGAUGUCAUUUGUAUUGUUUAUGAUGUCACAAAUCCAGAGACUAUUGAAAAGAUUGAAAGCUAUUGGAUUCCUUUGGUGUUGAAUUGUAAUGACGAUGAUGGCACUCCUCAAAAUAAACCAAUGAUUCUUGUUGGAAAUAAGAGCGAUUUGUCCGAACAUAGCACAAUGGAUACUUUGAUUGAAAUUAUGAACAAAUAUUCACAAGUCAAAACUUGUAUUGAGUGCUCUGCAAAAUUGGUCAAGAAUAUUUCAGAAAUGUUUUUUUACGCUCAAAAGUCCGUUCUCUACCCCGAAGAUCCGUUGUACUCGCAGGAAACGAAAGAGCUGACGGAACCCUGCGCCCGCGCUCUUACUCGGAUAUUCAAGAUUUGCGAUUUGAAAGGUGAUAGGAUUUUGGACGAUGAAGAAUUAAAUAGAUUUCAGUAUCAAUGUUUCAAGUCACCUCUCAAAGAUGAAGAGGUUAAUGACGUAAAAAAUUGCGUCAAACGAAACACCGCUGAUGGUUUGAAGAACAACGGGCUCACGUUAACCGGAUUUCUUUUCCUCCAUAAACUCUUUAUGGAAAGAGGAAGACACGAGACCACGUGGACUGUUUUAAGAAAGUUUGGUUAUGGCGACGAUUUGGAGUUGAGAGAGGAUUACGGCGAUGCGGGACUGGAUAUUCCUUCACGUUCUACAACUGAACUCUCAGAACUUGGCAAUGAUUUUUUUACAAGACUUUUUGAGAAAUGUGAUAAGGAUAAAGAUGGCGCUCUAUCGCCGGAGGAACUGGAGGAUCUAUUUAGUGUGUGUCCAAUAAUGCCUUGGAAUGAAGAGGUUUUGAGUUGCAUUCAAACCAAUGAGAAUGGAUGGAUCACAUAUGAUAGCUACAUAGCCUUAUGGGUUCUGACGACAUAUUUGGAUUGUAAUCGAGUUUUUUCGUGGCUUUCAUACUUUGGCUAUAUGCAUGGCGAGGUGGAAAGACAACUGUCUACAGCUGUUACUGUCACUCGUAGUAAAGAUGUUGAUCUUUCCAAGCGACAGACAUCGAGAAAAGUAUUUCGUUGUAACGUCAUCGGACCACCAGGAGCGGGCAGAACAACAUUGCUACAAGGACUUGUUAACAGAAGUUUAGAGGAAAUCGAGGGGCGAAAGGAUGUCGCCGAGACGAAGUUCACGAUUAACACUGUAGAUUUAAGUGGUCAAGAAAAAUAUCUAAUUUUAUGUAAGAUAACCUGGAAUCAGGUUGAUAUCGAGUUGCUCAACAGCAAGAAAUGUGACGUCAUCUGUUUUCUGUACGACCAAUCAGAUCCCAGCUCAUUUUCUAAAGUCCUCGAGCAUUACGAGAACGUAAUGUCUGGUGUUCCAUGUUUGUUCAUCGCCUCUAAAUCAGAUCUGCCAGCCGUCGUACAGGAUUCGGAGAUCCAACCCUCUCUUUAUUGUUCUUUGAAUAAUUUACCUGCACCUGUGCCUUUCUCUGCUUUAACGAAAGCGACUUUAACGAAAGACGUUUUCAAGACAAUUACUCACUUGGCCGUAUAUCCCCAUCUCACUGGUCGAAAAUCUCAAUUUUUCUCGACAACUACAGUCUUAUCGCUCGGCUUUGGUACAGCUUGUCUGGCUGCUGGAGCUUUUCUUUUAUACAAAUAUUUAAGGCACAAUAAAACGUAAUUAUAAAUGGCGCUUGGAAACUUUAAAAACUUGUCACUGCCGGAAAGCUUUACUAAAAACUAGCUGUAAUUUGGAAACUUUUUAAAGCUCAUCUGUUACUUUCAAAUUUCUACAAUCCCAGUUAAAGCAUUGGAAUAGAAUUAUUAUAUUUAAUUUGAUAUACGGUGUACUUCACGUAUUUCAAGCGUAGAUUGUGUUAACAUUUGAUGUUGGCAAGGGAUUAUUACCUCUUGGAAAAAAAUCCAAAACAAAUAAUUCAAGCACUGGGAAUUUUACUUCAGUAAAGAAACAUGCCACUUGCAAUGUUAAUCGUAUAAAUUACAUGCUGUGCUAUACUA